GUCCAUGUGCGGCAGGGCGGACAGUGUGUUCCUGCAUGCCAGAGACAAGACGAUGGCGCGGCGCGUGCUUUCGAAGACACGGUAGAAACUCCGAGUCCACACGGUUUCAGCGCUGUGAGAGGUCGGGAUUUUGAGGAACACACGAUGCAGCGUGUGCUGUGUCCUGCAGCCGUCCCGCUGCGCUCGGUGUGCCUGCACCUCAACAUGAGGGACCUGAGUGUCGGUGCACAGAGCCUUGAUAUCAAGCGCUUGACUGUACGCUGCUUCAGCUCGUCCAGCAUCAUCAGGAACUCCGAGUCCCACAAGACACGUCCUGACGUUCAGACAGCUGCACAGAGGCAUGAGCGAGACCAGGGAGGGACAGGAGCCUCACCGCAGAGCAACAGAGACCUCGAUCCACUGCAGGACAAGUCGAUCGGCCUCUAUCAGAGAUUUAAGAAGACUUUUAAACAGUAUGGCAAAGUGAUGGUGCCAGUGCAUCUCGUCACUUCCACUGUGUGGUUUGGGACGUUUUAUUAUGCUGCCAUGAAAGGGGUGAACGUGGUGCCGUUUCUGGAGUACAUCGGCGUACCGGACAAGCUCGUGGGCAUUUUGCGAGACUCUCAGGGUGGAUAUGCGCUCACAGCCUACGCAAUGUAUAAGCUUGCUACACCAGCCAGAUACACGGUGACUCUGGGCGGCACGUCCCUGUCAGUGCAGUACCUCCGUAAGCACGGCUACUUCUCCACGCCUCCUCCCGUCACAGAGUACCUGCAGGACAAAAUGGAAGAGACCAGAGAGAGACUCUCCGAGAAGAUGGAGGAGACGAAAGAACGAUUUUCAGAGAAAAUGGAGGAAACUAAAGAGCUCCUGUCCGAACGCAUGGAAGAGACUAAAGAGCGCUUGGCUGAAAAAAUGGAAGAGACGAAAGACAAACUGGCUGAGAAACUGCAGGAAACCAAAGACAAAGUGUCUUUACGGAAGAAAACAGAUUAACAGAAAAUGAUGAAUCUCGCAGGGUUGUAAAAUUCGACGACACACUUCCAAGCCGUGGAAAUGUGUUACUUUGUGUCUUAGACUUCCUGUCUUGAAAUCCAAAGGUCCUGAAUUUAUUUUGAACAUUAUUCUGUAAGACCUAGAAACCUGAACAUAACUGAUUCGGGCUGAUUUCUGCUUCUGCGUUGAUGCACAUCGAUGUACUUUCAUGAGGACGGAGAAAACGGCCACGCGUUAACAAGAAAAUCCUAGCAAGCAGACAGAAAAACAGUAUUACAACAAAACCAGUAAGGCAAAAGGCUGCUAAUUUCAUAAGCAGCACUUCCUCCACAGUCCCUCAUUCUCCAUUUCUAUUGGCUCACAAGCCCGAGGCUCAUGAAUUCACCUUUCAAACUGUACUUUUCCUUGUCAUACAUCUUUUUCACCUUUAGUACCUUGAGUGUGUAGCUUUCACGGGGAAACAUGACUAUAGUAACCUUUCCAAAUAAGCUAAGGUACGUAUUUGGACAUUUAAGACAACAAGCCUUUAAUCUAAAAGCUAUUUAACAGUUACUCCAUGAAAUCAAGUCGUACAUGAGCUCAUAGCGGAGUUGGCUAUAAGCGGUGUACAAGACUGAGUGGAAUAACUGUUUUAUUCUAUACACAUUCACUGGAUUUUGAGAAACAAAUUUUUUUUUUUGCAAAUUCAAUAAGUAAAAACUCUUUUAUACAAAACAGCCAACAAAAUCAAUCCCGCUUAGAAUGUAAACAAACCAGCGCAAUCCAUCCAUUAUCUGUAGCCGCUUUAUCCUGUUCUACAGGGUCGCAGGCAAGCUGGAGCCUAUCCCAGCUGACUACGGGCGAAAGGCGGGGUACACCC